AUGGCAAAAUCAAAUCCUAACCGCAGCAAACCCUCGUCGCCUAUAUCCCACAACGGAAAUGAGAGUAACGUGGAGGCGACUCAGCCAGCAAACCAGCCAACUUCAAAAAAGACUUCGAAUGCGAUAAGCAAGGGCUACGUGAUGGUGGAAGAACAUGUGCCCACUAGGCUCAUCAUCAGCGACCCAACGGCACCAGAGAACAUAAUCCAAGGCAAAAGACAGCGCCAGAGACCGGAAAAGCCCAACGCUCCCGCGCCAACCAAGAAAACCACAGUAACGAAGAAGCCUGUAGCAACAAAGAAAACAGGAACGAAGAAAUCAGUAACAGCAAAGAAAACCCACGGUCGCGGAGCCACGAAGAACUAUGAUGACGGUGACGACGAUGCUUCAGAAUCUGGGUCUGAGCCUGAGCCUGAGUCCGAAUAUGAACGAGAACCAAGGCCGGAGAGACAAGAUAUCGCGCCCAAGGCCAUCCAUCGUAGUGUCUUAGACCUUGUCAAACACUCUCUCAAGGUUUCCGACAACCUCAUUAGUUACAUGAAGGCUAUGGAAGACGAUCAUGAGAAAGAGGGCCGAGCUUUGGAUCGUGGUGUCAGUAGGGUAUUGAGCAGUUUGUUGGACAGGAAGAGGAAGGCGACGAAGCAGAAGACGGGGAAGAAGAACAAGGCUGUGAAGGUGUAA